GAGUACUAUAUAGAGCGGACAGGUUCUGAUUCCUGAGACCCUGCUGCUGUACUGUGCAUGUGACGGAGUGCAGGAUGCGGAAUAAUCUGAUUUUAUGUCUGUUACUGGCGGGAUCUGUAGUUUGUGCUCCCCCUUGGCCAACGGAUAGUCCUGUAUCCACUACUCCAGUAUCCACUAAUCCUGUAUCUAUUAAUUCUGUAUCCCCUGAUGCAGUACCUUCCACCCUUGUGUCCAUUAGUCCUGAUGUAUCCAUUACAACGGUCUCAACAAUUAUCGAUUCAACCUUUGAAAGAAAGUUAUCAAACGAUGAUGAUCUUCAAUUGAAUUCAACCGAUCAUCAAAAUGUUCAAAAGUUCAUAACUUCAGACCUUGAUAAAGUCGAGAACCAAACUAAGCCUACUCCAGUUGAUCUCAGUACAGACGGACCUAAAGGAGAAGUAGUUACUGAACCAGUUUCUGCAAUAGGAGAGGAAGAUGAAGCCCUUGUUUUGACAUUAGCUCCAGGUUCGGAAACUAAUAGUCAUGUGCCUACUCAAGCUCCUACAUUAACUGCUGCCCAGAGAGAAGAUCUAAUUGGUCAUCUGUUGAGUUUAGAUCUGCAGCCAGGGGACAAGAUUGGUCUAACUCCAGACCAGAGACUAGCAGUAGAACAAGAGCUGGAGUAUAGAAGGUUAGGUUUACCAGAUUUCACUGAUCCAGAUCCUUGGCAGAAACUGAGUAGGGAGGAGCAGUCAGAGUUCAAUAGGAAGUUCAGAGAACUCAGUCAGGAGCUCCAGGUCUUCAGCAGUAACCAGUUCAACACCUUACCAGAGUCCUUCCUGGAGCACGCCUUUAACAUGUUCAUCCUUCUCGACAUUCAGACCUUGUCCAAGGUACUGGAGAGGGAACUAGAGGAUAUAAGAGCUCAUCAACUUCAACAGCAAAGAUUAGUUCAACAACAACAACAGGAGGACCAGGGUGGAGAUGAUCGACUUCAACAACCAAGAACGCAAGAACAGUUCCUACAGCAGCCUAGGACACUAGAACAACCUCAGAUACAAGAACAGUUCCUUGAACAACCUCAGAUACAAGAACAAUUCAUUGAACAAUCUAGAAUACAAGAAGAAUUCCUUGAACAACCAAGAAUACAAGAACAGUUCCAUAAACAACCUAGAAUACAAGAACAGUUCCUUGAACAACCUAGGACACAAGAACAGUUCCUUAUACAACCUAGAAUACAAGAACAGUUCCAUAAACAACCUAGAAUACAAGAACAGUUCCUUGAACAACCUAGGACACAAGAACAGUUCCUUAAACAGCCUAGAAUACAAGAACAGUUCCUUGAGCAACCUAGAACACAAGAACAAUUCAUUGAACAACCUAGGAUACAAGCAAAGUUACAUGAACAACCCAGAACACAAGAACAGUUCUUUGAACAACCUAGGAUACAAGAACAGGCUUCCAGACAAGACCUAAUAAACAAACAGCCAAGAACACAAGAAUUUUUUGCGCAAGAACAAGGUUUUGAGCAAGGUACCAGACAAGAACAGUUCCCCUCUCAAAAUAGAUUUAGUCCUCAGAUCUCAGAUGAUACCUCUUCUUUCCAGCAAAAGCUAAGCAGUAGAAAAUCUACAAUCGAUCCUAGACUUAGAUCACAAUUCGAUCCUCGCCGUCGACAACCGGCUCAACAUCAACAACCCAAAGAGCAGCAACAACAGGUUCAACAACUACCACAGCAGGUUCAACAAAAACCACAACAUGAUCAACAACAAAAUUUUGUCCCUCACUCAUUUGAAUUGUUGCAACAACAUUUUAAUUCCCAGUCCCAAAACCAACUUAAUAGACAAUCUCAACAGCAGUUAAACUCACAUCCUCGACAGCUUAAUUCACAACAACAAUUUGAUUCACAACAGUUUAAUUCAAAAUCACAUUUUGAUUCAAAAUCACAACAGCUUAAAUCACAGCAACAACAACAGCUUAGUUCACAGAAGCAACAAUUUACUUCACAACCACAGCAGGGAUUUUCAACUCAGCAGUUUUUCAAUCAACCUUCGAAAAAAAUACAGCAGCAGGAAGCUCCUAAACAUCAGCUUCCUCAACGCCAUUUUGCAGAGCAGGAAAGGUUAAUAGCUGAAGCAAUCCGUCUUCAAAACUCUCUAGCAUUCCCAGAAGUUUAAUUUGACAUGUUCUUAAAUGAUAGAUUCAAAUAACUUUGCUCUUAUGGUUCAAGAAUAAUGUCUUUUUGGAAAUACCUUUAAUGUUUGGAGGACAAAUAAUUUGAAAAGACGUCAUAUUUUCAAACAGAAAGGAGUUACUAAUUAUGAUUCAUAUUUAGUAAAUUAGUAAUGUAAUCAGGGGCUAAAUUUAAAGAAUUUCAGUCGCGGCUCAAAUAUGGUUGGCUCCACUUAAAAUUUAUUCAAUUUUUAAAGAUUUAAGCCGGCGUUCAAUUGAAACCGGCUUUUGGCAGAUUUAAGCCGCGGCUCAAAUUCAUUGAAUUCGGAAAACUGUUCUCAGUGUUUCAAUCAAGUCCCACAAAAAUCUGGAAUGAAAGGACGAUUUUAAAGUGUAAUUUUUACUUCUAUAGAAACACGACAGGAUUCUUACAUUUUCGAUAUAAUGGCGUCUUCUCAAGCUUUUAUGUUAUGGGCGUUAUCAUGUUUUAUAACUGUUGUUCAGUAAAUAUGUAUUUUGUAAAUAAUUCUCAUUCUUUGUAACGCAUCAAAUCGUGCCUCAUUGUGUAGUACAAAUAACCAAUACAAUAAAUAAAUGUAGGUUCAGUUAAA